GGUGGCUGCACAGAGGGACAGCGUGUCUGCCUGUGACGUGUUCUCCCUGGGUGCUGCCACAAGUCCUUCUUGGAGAACUGUAAUGCUCCAAUAUCUGUUUGACUGUCCCAGUGCCUAUGAUCAGCCCAGACAAGUUGGAAUCAAGACCCCCAACCCAGGAGCCCCAAUACAGUCACCGCUCCAACUGUUCCCUAGACAGGACAGGAGCUUCCUGACGCCUGCAGGGCCACCCAACCCCAGAUCCAGCUGUGGAUACCUCAGUGAAAACAGCUCUGCAUACCAGCCACCUCUGGAGAUGUGCCGUUCCUUCCCUUCCUCCCAGGGCAUGGCCCAGGAAGACCCUGUUGCCUUCCAGCGCCAGAUGUCUGAGCCCUGCCUCCAGUACCCUCAUCAGGGCUUCAAACGGGAGUUCCAGGACCUGCAGUACGAGCAAGUGAGCCGGGCAGGCAGCAGCCGUCCGUUCCCAGGAGCCGUGGUGAUCAAACAGGAGCAGGUGGACUACCUGUAUGACUCAGAUGUUCCUGCCUGUCCUUCCAUGUACAUAAAUGCUGAGAGUUAUCCAAGCCAUUCAAAUACAGAAGAUACCUCAGGCUGCAGCUAUGACAAGCAGAUGAGGUCCUUCCCUGAUGAUGUCUGUGUCGUUCCAGAAAAAUUUGAAGCAGGAGACAUCAAGCAGGAAGCUGGUGGGUACCGGGAAGGACCUCCAUACCAGCGACGGGGUUCUCUGCAGCUCUGGCAAUUUCUUGUGGCUUUAUUGGAUGAUCCAACCAAUUCCCAGUUCAUUGCCUGGACUGGUAGAGGGAUGGAGUUCAAGCUCAUUGAGCCCGAAGAGGUAGCGAGGCUGUGGGGCAUCCAAAAGAACCGUCCAGCCAUGAACUAUGACAAGCUGAGCCGAUCCCUUCGCUACUAUUAUGAGAAAGGCAUCAUGCAGAAGGUAGCUGGGGAGCGCUACGUGUACAAGUUUGUGUGUGAGCCUGAAGCCUUGUUCUCUCUGGCCUUCCCUGAUAAUCAGCGGCCAACCCUGAAGGCAGAGCUGGACCGCCAGAUCAGUGAGGAGGACACAGUGCCUCUUUCUCACCUGGAUGAGAAUGCCACUUACCUGCCAGACCUUGGGAGCCUCCCUCCACAGCUUUACAGCAAAGGCUACACGUACUAGCUCUGCUGGGAGCACACUGUGCCACCCUUACUUGUGUGUACAGGGAGAUGUCUGGUUAGUAUUCAAUCAGUAUAAGCUUUUUCUCAGGCCAGCCUAGGGCAGCACUAAACUGUGAACACCUGCUUUGAUCAGAAAGAGUGUUCAGGUACAUAUGUGGAUAAUCACCCGACAGUUGACAGCGUGUGGUAAGACUCAUAUUUGUCAGGACUUGUUCUCAGCGAUGCAGAUGUCUUCCGAGCAGCAGAGCUGCAGCUUCAGCAGCGUAUCAGGAGAUUGCUGCCUUCAGACAGAACAAAUGAGCCUGUCACUGUCCCUCUCUUUGGUGAGGGAGCAGAUGUUGCCCUACUGGGCUGUUUUUCAGACAUGAGAAUGCUACGAUGCUGCUUCUGACUCCAUUCCUCCAGCACAUGUACUGAACCCCUGUGUAACCUUCCCUCAGCAGGGGACGGCUCUGAACCGUGUGGACUCACCUCUGCACGGCUGGUCUUGCCUUCUUCCCAGGAUGGCAGCAGCACAGCAGCCACAGUUCAUCUGCCUUCCCUGUGAACUGCUUUGUGGUAAUGGGGAAUACUUUUUUGUUUUGUAGGUGCAUGCUCCUGCUUUAUCAUCUCCUUGCUCAUAACACUUUGUGCCAGAGGUAUCUGGUAUUUAGGCACCAUGAGCAGGGAGCUGGAGGCACUGGCCAGGACUGGAGCAGUCCUGGGGUACCUGUCACAACACCCGGUUCAGGGGAACUCCAGAGCUGCUUGACUGCAUCGGUCUGGGGCACAGGUCAAAGCCGGGUAAGGGGGUUGCAGGAGGCAGCAAGGCCUUGAGCCACCACUUCAGUGUAGUGUUGUGGCUUUUCCAAACUGAAGAACUUCAACAAAGCGUCAGGAUCUUUGAAGACCUGUCAGGCUCUUGAGCAUGCCCAUCCUGGGCUUGGCUAGGAAAUAAUUUAAGGCAAGAAACAAACCUAGGGGAGGUGUGUUUAAGAAAAUGCCUUACAAAGUAAUCUAAACCAUAUGUAGUUCUUCAUAUCUGAAUUUAGAUUUAACCUCCACAGAUAUUUACAUAUUUGAGGGAAACCCUGAUGUGUUGGAAAGGCAGCUAUCUCUGCAGCCCAAUGCAGCACAUGCAACUUAACUAGACUUUGAGUGGUUUUCCACAAUAGUGAACACUUCUCACAGGCACCACAUCCUCACUGAGAGGUGCCUCACUUGUUAACUGGCAGCUCUGGCCAUGUGCCCAGCUGGACAAGGGGCAGUACGUGUACCUAUACAGAAAAGGCCUGUUUCCUACUUCUUCAGAGUCAUGUUCCAGCUGCUGAAUACAGAGCAUCACCAAUCCUGCCAAUGUUGUAGCCUGUAAAGGAAAUUCUGUAUAUUGAUUGAAAGCCUGAUUUCCCCUGAUGACUUUCCUGCAUGGCUAAUGCCAGCCCUUCCAGCCUUGUCCCUGGGCAGGAGGGCCAGGAACGGCAGCUCUCCCUGCCCAAGGAGAGGCUGGACACUCAGAGCAGCCUGCCCUGCUGAAGCCUCUGGAGUGCUGUGCUGGCCAGAGACUUGGUGUUCUGCAGCUCCUGGCCCUCCUGCCUUGCCCUGCUCCCACCUGGCAAGCACACUUCUUCUAGUGUCCCAGAAGUAAGGGCGAAAGGGAACCCUUCUACUGGUAUAAGCUGCCUUUAUUAUUUAUGAGUGUAAAAAUACUAUAAUUAAUAAAUUGGUCUAUGGCUCUGGCCAGUGCACCCUCAUUCAGCCCCUGCCUAGUCCUCCCUUACCUUCUGAACUUGCUUUACCCAUCUCCUUGGCACCAGUGUGCAGCUUUGGGUAGCUGAGGAAUAUGUGUUUACUUCUGAAUCUUGGUGGAGCUCAAGAAAUUAACAUUUCAUGCCCAUGACAUCCUCACCACCAGUCAUACAACAGGGACUGAACGCCCACGGUGAAAUACGUAACCUCUGACUGCACCUGGUGUCAGGUUCUCUGCAGCUGCAGAGAACAGCACCCGUUCUCCCACGCUGACAGGGCACGGGCCAUGGAGCCAGCCUUGGGGGGUUUAAAUAGCUUCUCCCUCAAAUUCAUCUGUCUGAACAGUGGCACUUCCAGGUUGCCUUCUAGGAAAGUGUGUGUUACCACCUGCUGAGCUGGUGACAUGCUGGGGGCAGCACGGGGCAGGGGGUGGCACCAUGUCCCAGGGCAGAGCUGAGUGUGCCCUGCCCAGACGUGCUGCCCGCCUGGGCUGCAGCGAGGACAGGAGGUACCCUGAAGUGGGGGAGCCCUUUCACACUGCGCCUUCCUCCAGAGCAUCAGGUACCUCCUAAAAGAAGUAUUUGUGCUCUCUUGAGGCAAAAUGUGGGUGGGGGCUGUACCCGCCUCCAACACAGUAUUGCCAAUGAAUGAGUAGCUUGCUUUUAUUUGGUAUCUCAAUCUGCAGGAUUCCCAAGGAUUUUACAUUUAUUCAGUAUUCUUUAGGGUACUCUAUUCCAGAAAGGGAAUUCAGGGAGCUAGUUCACAUUUGGAUGAAAUUUUAGCUCCACAUUUCACUCGGGGGUUUGUCAAUCAGUGCAACAGAUCGAUAGCUGUAGAGCAGUUCUGGGAAUCAGCAAGAUCAGGUUCUCAUAAUUGAGGGGCAGCGGCCUCCAAAGGGCAGAGAUUUACAAUAACCAGCUCAGAGAGCUGGGAGUCAAUAAACAUGCUCUGUGUUUCCAGUUCAGCAAGAGAGAGGCAGCUCAUUAGGGAAAAUAUUGGAGGUAGUAGACAAGUGUCAUAAAUUUCUCAUUCUGGUCCUGAAAAGUGCCAGCCCCAUCCCACCACACAGAUGAUGUUUCAGCUUUGCUAGCUAGUCACUCAUGUUCCUGUUCAUACAGUAAAUUUGCAACAACUCAUGAUACAGAGCUGUCUCUUCCCAAGCUGAAUGGUUUUGGCACUUGAGGGGGAGAAGUGCACACAGAGCCUGUGCAGCACACCUUUAGGUCAGCAUCCCUUCACCGUAAAAAUUCACAGCUGAGCUUUGCUCUACAUUAGAAAGGCAAGAAAGACAUCGUCCUUCAUGGAAAACCCUCUAAAGACAGGUCUGCUCAUGACAAACACUGACAUCUGGAUGCAAAUACACCUAACAUUCUUGCACUUUUUUUUUUUAUUACUGUUUACUCAUUAUAUUCAAAAUCUACUCUAGCAACUUAUUCCUCAGGAUGUGAUGAUGCUUUGGGAUCAGCCAGAAAUAAAUUCUCAGCAGUCAUUUAUGCCUCAUGUAAUUUUUUCUAGAAUUAUUUUUUUCCCAUGUGGUUGCUAUUAUUGCAAUGGCUUUGCUGUUACUUCUGCUGUAUCAACAGCACAAAGCCCAGCAGGAAGUG